ACUCCCUCCCUUCUCCCCCCUCCCCUUCGGGCCGUUGCUCGCCCAAGGUCUCCCCUCCCCCUCCUCCUCCUCCUCCUCCUCAGCGCGGCGGCGGCGACUUGGAACCGAUCCGGAACCAACAAAAGGGGACUGUCAUGGCGGCGGCGAGGAGAAGGAGGAACCAUCACGUGACCAGGACGGCGCUCAAAGGUUUCGUCACGUGAGCGGGUGCUCUAUAGCCAUCAUGGCAACAUCAUCUGAAGAAGUGUUACUAAUAGUAAAGAAGGUACGUCAAAAGAAACAGGAUGGCGCUCUUUACCUUAUGGCUGAAAGAAUAGCCUGGGCACCUGAGGGAAAAGACCGAUUCACAAUCAGCCAUAUGUAUGCAGAUAUUAAAUGUCAGAAAAUCAGUCCUGAAGGAAAAGCUAAGAUACAGCUUCAGUUGGUACUUCAUGCGGGAGACACAACCAACUUCCAUUUUUCUAAUGAAAGUACAGCAGUAAAAGAGAGAGAUGCAGUGAAGGAUCUUCUUCAGCAGCUGUUACCCAAGUUCAAGAGGAAAGCAAAUAAAGAACUUGAAGAAAAAAACAGAAUGCUGCAAGAAGAUCCUGUUUUGUUUCAACUUUAUAAAGAUCUUGUUGUGAGUCAGGUGAUCAGUGCUGAAGAAUUCUGGGCCAAUCGUUUAAGCAUGAAUGCCAUGGAUAAUUCUGUAGCAUCUAAUAAGCAGGAUGUGGGCAUUUCUGCUGCUUUUCUGGCUGAUGUUCGACCUCAAACAGAUGGAUGCAAUGGCCUAAGAUAUAAUUUGACAUCAGAUAUAAUUGAAUCUAUAUUUAGGACUUAUCCUGCUGUAAAACUGAAAUAUGCAGAAAAUGUUCCUCACAAAAUGACGGAGAAAGAAUUCUGGACACGAUUCUUUCAAUCUCACUAUUUCCAUAGGGAUAGGUUGAAUGCAGGAUCAAAAGACCUUUUUGCAGAAUGUGCCAAAAUGGAUGAAAAGGGUUUAAAAACUAUGGUGUCUCAAGGAGUGAAAAAUCCUUUAUUAGAUUUAACAGCCUUGGAAGAUAAAUCAUUGGAUGAAGGUUAUGGUGUUUCCUUGGCACCUUCCACAUCCAGCUCUACCAAAUCAAUAAAGGAGAGUAGCAAUGCUGCCAUUAUAAAACGCUUUAACCAUCACAGUGCCAUGGUUCUUGCAGCUGGGCUCCGAAAACAAGAAGCACAAGGUGAUCAUUACAGUGAGACCAGCAGUAUAGAUGGAAACUCCAGGGAUUCAGAUUUCUUUCAGCCACCAGUAAAAAAGGUAAAGCUGCAAGAAUCCAUUGAAUAUGAAGAUUUAGAAAACAACAACAGCAUUAAAACUAUUGCACUAAACCUAAAGAAAUCAGAUAGGUACUAUCAUGGUCCAACACCAAUUCAAUCACAGCAAUAUGCAACUAGCCAAGAUAUUAUUAAUUCUUUGUAUAGUAUUAGAGAAGAGAUGGAAGUAUAUGUACCCAAAUUAACUCAGGUUCUUUCAAGCGGUGCUGCAAGUAGUACUAUCACAGCCCUGUCACCUGGAGGAGCACUUAUGCAGGGUGGAACACAGCAAGCCAUAAAUCAGAUGGUGCCAAAUGAUGUUCAGUCUGAACUGAAGCACUUGUAUGUGGCAGUUGGAGAACUGUUACGACAUUUCUGGUCCUGCUUUCCUGUUAACACACCAUUCCUAGAAGAAAAGGUUGUGAAAAUGAGGAGUAAUUUGGAAAGAUUUCAAGUUACAAAACUUUGUCCAUUCCAAGACAAAAUUCGAAGACAGUAUUUAAGCACAAAUCUGGUAAGUCAUAUAGAAGAGAUGCUGCAAACAGCCUAUAAUAAAUUCCACACAUGGCAAUCUCGCCGUAUGCUGAAGAAAACGUGAAGGCCCAGUGAUGACAAAGUUUCUGCGUGGGAAAAAGUUUGCAAUACCUGUAUGAACACAGCUACCCAGUGUGUAGCUCUUACAGACAUUGCAGGGGAAUACAGCAUCAUGUGGACUCCUGAAAAUGAUGCUAACUGUAAUUGCACACUUUUGGAGAAAGGAACAGAGAACAAACUUGAAAACUAGGGAAUUUAAAGGAACCAAACCAGAGAAGAGUUAAGUGACACAUACAUACAUAUAUAUAUUUUAAAAGACACUGUUUACUGCAGUUACUCAGGAACUGCUUGUGAUUUUCAUAAAGAGCUGCUUUCGGAAAUAAAAACUUUAAAAAAGGGUGUAUUAAUAAAAUCCAAGAUUGUUUGUCUAGUUUUUUUUAAGUGUAUUGCACAGGGUAGUGGUUAACAUUUCUUUCGUCACUAUAACCCGACAUUUUAUUGUAUUCUGUUUGUACUUCUAAAUUUUUAAUUAUAAUUGAGACUUUUGCCACAAAUUCCUAAGGAGAUACUAGUAGAUCAUUUUUUUUUCCUAUUCUCCCCUACAGAUCAGCAGCCAAUGCACUGGAAAAUGUUUGGUGUUCAAAGCUGGCACUUAGCAGAAAGAGUGCACAGAUUUAUGCAGGAUUUUUACCAGCUAUUGUUUGCAUGUUUUCUUUGAGUGUGAGUGCGUGCUGCUGCAUUUUUUUAAGUCUGACUUGCUUGGAGGUGAAAAAAAAUCAUUUUUAAAGUAAGUUUAAGAAACUUACAGAAAUAAUAACUUUUUAUAACUUUAAGAAAAAAACUAUCUUAAAUGUGCUUUUCUCAGUUCUCUGCUUAUGACUGUUACCACUACACCUGGCGACUAGAUAAUCACUACAGAGUGAAUAUAUGAGCUAUUUGGAAUUUGUACCAAUUCUGGUCUAAACAUGAGGCAAUUCACUCUUACGUAAGAUGUACCUGCCAUGUAUUAAAUACUUGACUUAUUAAAACAGAGUAUAUUUGUUUUAUAUAGUCCUUGGAGUCAGACUCCUUAUAUUUCAUUGUCUUAAUGUCUUCCUUGUUAACAAUUUAUCCUAGGACCAAACAAAUAGCUUACAUAAUAUGUAAUGGGGUUUUUUGAGAUAUUUCAUGAACCAGUCAGCUCUUGGAAAGUAGGAAAUUUAUCAUAUUCAAAACAAUUCAUGCCCACAAAGAACUGGAAUUAUAUUACCAAUUUACAGUGUUUUGCCAUGGAAAAUUUCUACCCAUCAUGAAUUAUUAUGCACUUAGCACUGGCUAGUUUUGUGAGCCACAAGGGUUUGUCUUUAUGUAAGAAUACAUGCUUACACAACAUGUUUCAGUGAUCUGAUAUUCUGCAACAACCAGAACAAAGCAGGUUUAGUCUAUCUAUACUGAAAUAAUAUGGAGUAAGUUAAGGCACUGUUUUUAAACUUGCCACUGCUUGCCUUUUCAUAGAUGGCUGCAUAUUAUGUACUACAAAAUGAUUCUGCUGUAAACCAAACAAAAGUAUUUUUCUACUGUUGGAUGGUGAAAAGCUGGAAUUAACCAUGAAUAAUAAAAACUGAUGCUGCUAUAGGAAUAUAAUCUUGCUUGAAUUAUGGUUCUGAUAGUAUGUAUAUUUAUAUACCUUGUAUAUUUGGAUAAGCCUCUAAAGUAGUUAAAUGCUUUGGUCAGGCUUGAAUGAUGGGUUGACAUGCACACUCCAAUUGAUCCUGUAACUGAAAGCAUGAUAUAGUAUACAUUUGCACUGACAUUUCUUUAAGCAAUAAAUAGCUUAUCUGAAUUUACAAAGGUGGAUUACAACAGAACUGUUAUUCGUGCUAGAUUAGAUAUGAAUUUGGGCAAAAUAUUUUCUCUUUUCUUCCUGGUAUUUUAUGUCUAUAAAGACGUACCAGCAUUUGCAGUAAAAAAAAAAUUAUAGAAAUAGCUCAAAAUGCAACUAAGCUUGGACAUAAUUUUCAGUUAUUUGAUAAAAAUGUAUUAGGAGACUUCUGCCAGAAGAGGGCAAUAGCAACUGUCAUGGACGUUACCUUAAGACAUUUCUUCCCCAUUUUUGCUAUCUGAUUGUUGCUGAUUCCAGUCCUACUGCGCAUGGUCCAAAACUGCCGACUGACUUAAUUUAUUAACUGUGAAUCGUCUUUCACUAACCAUACAGUCAUUGGAAUCCGAAGAUGAACUUGUAUUUAGUGGAAACGCAUAUAACCUGUAUCACUGGCAUUGAUAAAAAAAAAAAGCUGUAGAAUAAACCUGAAUUAUGUAGAUACGUA